AUGGCUUGCCCGUCGAUUAAUGAGGCACAAAGGAUGGUGGACGAGCUGCUAUGGAAAGCGGUGAAAAGCCACACCGUGAAGGUCUGGGGCAAGGGGGACGGGGCUAAAUCGGCAACUUCAUGUUUGGGUCGAGGCCCAGCUCUAAAGUAUGCGUUGGAGUUGGGCAUGGAUCCGAACCGGAUAUUGUCCAAAGGGCAAACAAAUCUUUUCGGUGCUGCCAAGCGUGGCGAUGUCGAGAAAGUGAAGGUCUUAUUUGAGACCCACAACGCAGAUCUCAACCAUCGAGACGAAUAUGGACAAACAUGCCUUUUUUAUGCCGCAGCGCAUGGAGGAAUCAAGGUGACAGAUCUGUUGGAGGAGUGCCAAAACUCACAAUGUUUCCGCAAGGCAGAUGCGGAGCGGAAGCAGCAGAAGGCCAUUCAGGAGGCCCUGAAAAAGCAGCGCGCCGCUGCUGCACGAUUGCAAAAACAAAAGGAAACUGGCAAAGGCCCAGAAGAAGGCAGAGGAGCAACUGGGGUCGCCAUCUCGAGCAAGAAAGAGCUCGAGCUGAGAGAGCCGCAGCUGCAACCAGAGCUGCAGCGGCAUCAUCAAGCUCGAGAAAGCAUCCAUCUUCGGCGGAGGCAACGCUACGAGCUCGUGUGCCAAGAAGGAAGACAAAGGAUUCCUCAGGAUUCUGAGAAAUUCACUGACAAGUGGCAUGAGCUUGUGGAUCAAGCUCAAUUUUUGCAGGGCCCGAAGCGCGGGUCAGACAGUCCCAAGACUCGGAUGGCUGUGUUGAAUGGCCAGCCCAUGUGCCAAUUUCCGGACACCAUCACAUCAAUCAUUGCACAGGUGAACCGAAUUGGGCAGACGCUGCUCUUCGAGGCGGCCCAACAUGUCAGUGGGCAGCAGGCAUUUGAGAUCACUGAGCUGCUGGUUAAACAGCAUGGGGUGUCCGCCGCGGUGAUCGAUAAUCGCCAACAGAAUGCGUGUUUUUACGCUGCGAAGCACGGGCACUCACAGCUGUGUGAGUUCCUCAUCGCAUCGGGGUGUUCUGUGAGCCACACUGACACCUCUGGGCAAACGCCUGCAUUUUAUUCAGUGCGGGCUGGCCAUAUUGGUGCCACUGAAGCGCUGCUGAAACAUGGCGCAGCAAUCGAUGCGAGGGACCAGAACGGCUUCACGCCCAUCUUCUGGGCAGCAGAAGCUGGAAAAGUGCAAAUGAUGAAGCACCUCGUUCAGAAAGGUGCGACAACAGAUAUGCUGAGCAACAUGGGAGGUGACAUCUUUGCCUCCGCUACAGGCCCAGCUCUAAAGUAUGCGUUGGAGUUGGGCAUGGAUCCGAACCGGAUAUUGUCCAAAGGGCAAACAAAUCUUUUCGGUGCUGCCAAGCGUGGCGAUGUCGAGAAAGUGAAGGUCUUAUUUGAGACCCACAACGUGGAUCUCAACCAUCGAGACGAAUAUGGACAAACAUGCCUUUUUUAUGCUGCAGCGCAUGGGGGAUGCACAGUGACGCAUCUGCUACUAGGAAAGUACAAGGCUGAUGCCUUGAUCAAAGACAACCGUGGAAGAACAGCCCGGCAGUACAUGCUGGAGCUUGAAGAACUCGAUGAACACAAAGAUAUUGUGAAACUGCUGGGGGAUGCAGAGCGCAAGCAGCAGAAGGCAAUUGAAGCCGCACAGAAAAAGCAGCGCGCCGCUGCUGCACAGCUGCGAAAGCGCGAGGAAAAACUGGCAAAGGCGCAGAAGAAGGCGGAGGAGCAAGAAAGAGCUCGAGCUGAGAGAGCCGCAGCUGCAACCAGAGCUGCAGCGGCGUCAUCAAGCUCGAGAAAGCGUCUAUCUUCGGCGGAGGAGCCGGCAGCCAAGAGGCAACGCUACGAGCUCGUGUGCCAAGAAGGAAGACAAAGGAUUCCUCAGGAUUCUGAGAAAUUCACUGAGAAGUGGCAGGAGCUUGUGGAUCAAGCUCAAUUUUUGCAGGGCCCGAAGCGCCGCUGA